CGAAGGUAGCCUAAUUCGGAUCAUCCAACCCGCGCAUCCUAGACCUAUAUCACCAUUGGAGACCUCAAAAGCUUCCCCAAAAACUCGAAGAAACUACCUGCGACAUUGUCUUUUCGCAUUCAGGUCUCGUCUUCAUUCUUGAAUCUAGAUCGAAGAUGAGUCACCAGGCCGAGUCAUCUGACUCGAAGAGUACUAAGAAAGACUUCUCUACGGCGAUUUUGGAGAGGAAGAAGUCGCCGAACAGGCUCGUCGUUGACGAGGCGGCCAAUGAUGAUAACUCUGUCGUUGCUCUACACCCUGCCACCAUGGAGAAGCUCCAGCUCUUCCGCGGGGACACAAUUCUGAUUAAGGGAAAGAAAAGGAAAGAUACUGUGGUUAUUGCUCUUGCUGAGGAGUCAUGUGAGGAGCCAAAGAUCAGGAUGAACAAAGUUGUGCGCUCAAAUUUGAGGGUCCGUCUUGGAGAUGUUGUAUCUGUGCACCAAUGUCCAGAUGUUAAGUAUGGGAAGCGUGUGCACAUACUUCCUAUUGAUGAUACAAUUGAAGGGGUCACUGGAGAUCUUUUUGAAUCAUAUUUGAAGCCGUACUUUUUGGAGGCAUAUCGACCUGUUAGGAUAGGAGAUCAUUUCCUUGUCAGAGGAGGAAUGAGAAGUGUAGAAUUCAAGAUCAUUGAGACGGAUCCUCGUGAAUAUUGUGUUGUUGCUCCAGACACCGAGAUCUUCUGUGAGGGUGAGCCAGUGAGGAGGGAGGACGAAGACAGACUUGAUGAAGUUGGCUAUGAUGAUGUUGGCGGUGUAAGAAAACAAAUGGCUCAAAUUCGUGAAUUGGUUGAGUUGCCAUUGAGGCAUCCCCAACUGUUCAAAUCAAUAGGCGUGAAGCCACCUAAGGGAAUUUUGCUUUAUGGGCCUCCUGGUUCUGGUAAGACACUUAUAGCAAGGGCCGUUGCUAAUGAAACUGGUGCAUUUUUCUUCUGCAUCAAUGGUCCUGAAAUUAUGUCCAAGUUAGCCGGAGAGAGUGAAAGUAACCUUAGGAAGGCAUUUGAAGAGGCUGAAAAGAAUGCCCCAUCUAUCAUAUUUAUUGAUGAGAUUGAUUCGAUUGCCCCAAAGCGUGAGAAGACACAUGGUGAAGUUGAGAGAAGAAUUGUCUCACAACUAUUAACUCUGAUGGAUGGCCUGAAAUCCCGUGCUCAUGUUAUCGUUAUGGGAGCAACAAAUCGUCCUAAUAGUAUUGAUCCGGCUCUCAGGAGAUUUGGUCGAUUCGACAGGGAAAUAGACAUUGGUGUUCCAGAUGAAGUUGGACGCCUUGAAGUAUUUCGCAUUCAUACCAAAAACAUGAAGCUAGCUGAAGAUGUUGAUCUGGAGAAAAUAGCUAAAGACACUCAUGGCUAUGUCGGUGCCGAUCUUGCUGCUCUCUGCACCGAAGCUGCACUUCAAUGCAUCAGAGAGAAGAUGGAUGUUAUCGAUCUUGAAGAUGAAACCAUUGAUGCUGAGGUUUUGAAUUCCAUGGCUGUUUCAAAUGAGCACUUUCAAACUGCUCUCGGAACAAGCAAUCCUUCUGCAUUGCGCGAGACUGUCGUUGAAGUGCCCAAUGUUAAUUGGGAAGACAUUGGAGGCCUUGAAAAUGUUAAAAGAGAGCUUCAAGAGACUGUUCAAUAUCCAGUGGAACACCCUGAGAAAUUUGAGAAGUUUGGCAUGUCACCUUCAAAGGGUGUUCUUUUCUACGGCCCACCAGGGUGUGGGAAAACACUGCUUGCUAAGGCAAUAGCAAAUGAGUGUCAAGCCAACUUCAUCAGCAUUAAAGGGCCUGAACUGCUCACCAUGUGGUUUGGAGAGAGCGAGGCUAAUGUCCGUGAAAUUUUUGACAAGGCUAGAGGAUCAGCACCUUGUGUUCUCUUCUUUGAUGAACUUGACUCUAUUGCUACACAGAGAGGAAGCAGUGUUGGAGAUGCUGGUGGUGCAGCCGAUCGAGUCCUUAACCAACUCUUAACUGAAAUGGAUGGCAUGACCGCAAAGAAGACCGUUUUCAUAAUCGGGGCUACAAACCGACCCGAUAUAAUUGACCCGGCACUUCUUCGACCCGGACGACUUGAUCAGCUGAUUUAUAUUCCUCUUCCUGAUGAAGACUCGCGCCACCAGAUUUUCAAGGCUUGCCUUAGGAAAUCUCCCGUCUCUAAGGACGUUGAUCUGAGAGCUCUUGCAAAGUACACUCAAGGUUUUAGCGGUGCUGAUAUUACAGAGAUCUGCCAGCGAGCCUGCAAAUAUGCCAUAAGGGAAAACAUUGAGAAAGAUAUAGAGAAGGAGAGGAGGAAGGCAGAGAAUCCAGACUCCAUGGAAGAGGACGAGGAGGAUGAAGUGGCAGAGAUAAAGGCUGCACAUUUUGAAGAGUCAAUGAAAUACGCGCGCCGGAGUGUGAGUGAUGCCGACAUACGCAAAUACCAAUCUUUUGCUCAGACUCUGCAGCAGUCUAGAGGUUUUGGGACUGAGUUCCGGUUUGCAGAUUCAGGUACGACUGCUGCCGCACCUGGCUCCACCAAUCCUUUUGCAACAUCUAAUGCAGCAGCCGAUGAAGACGACUUGUAUAGUUGAGUCUACAUGUAAUUUCCAUUCUUCCUCGGCGUGACCCAUGUUUCCUUUUUUUCCCAAAAAAGUUUGCUACAAUACCCGUCUUUUGGUUGUUUUCGUUACGUUCAACUUUAGUUUAUUCUAUCCACUCGGGGAACUCUUGUUAAGAUAUUACUACUCGUAUUACUCCGUAUAUUAUAACGACUGUUUUGAUUUAU